UCCGCGGCUUGCAUUAUUAACCUCAAAGAAACAAAAUAUCUGUACAUACCUGUAUCUUUUCGUGGUGUAGGAUUGUUUGGUCUUGGAAAGUGGACAUUAAUGAGGAUAACGAGAUAAGAAAGGGACCUGUGAGCCAUCUGUGUAAAGAAGAAGCGGAAUAUUGUAUAGAUCUUCACACCUUGGUGACGUGAAGAGUUUGAAGGAGACCGGAAGGGCUAAGAAUGCGACAGGGAGACGGGUGAUGUCCAAGAGAUCCGUGGACCACUAUGUGGCGGGGGCCAUGGGAGGAACCGCCGGUUACUUUGUGGGAUACCCCCUGGACACCAUAAAGGUACAGCUACAAACACAGGGCGUGGGAAAGCGUGGGUUGUUGGCGGCCCUCUCUAAUACUUGGAGCCAAGGGGUGAUUGGAGGAUUUUACCGGGGACUGUCAUGGCCACUCUUAUCCACUGGUUUUACCACGUCAGUAUUUUAUGGUGUUUAUGGCAAUACGCUGACAUUUCUGGAACCGGACAAGGCAAAACAGAAGUCAGCUCAUGGAAAAAUAGUUCUAGCCGGAAGUGUGGCCGGGACGGUCCAGGCACUUCCGGUCAUUCCAAUUGAUUAUAUUAAAGUGGUUCUACAGGCACAAAUUCCCACGCUUGGAGACAAGUCUACAGCUAAGAUCAAAGGUGCGAGUACAGCCGACAUCCUCUACUUCCGUGGCCCAACAGACUGCGCACGCACCAUUUUAAGGACCAAGGGAAUAACAGGACUGUUUAAAGGAACCACAGCAACGCUCCCUAGAGAAGUUAUUUUCUUUGGGUUUUACGGCUUAAUAUAUGAAUGCCUCAGUGACUUCAUCAAACAGAAGAAAUUUACAGAUUCACGUGGAUUUUUUGCGGAUUUUAUCGGUGGUGGAUUUGCCGGAAGUAUAUCUUGGAUUUUUGUGAUACCGUUUGACGUCAUAAAAAGUCGUUACCAGGCUGACUUUCAGGGCAGGUACAAGAGUCCCGUUGACUGUGCUAUACAAAGCUACCGAACAGAAGGUUUAGGCGUCUUCUAUAGAGGUUGUAUUGUCACGUGCGUACGAGCAUUUCCGGUAUGCGCAGUUUCCUUUAUGGUGUACGCCCAGGUGACUCAGUGGCUGAGAAGCAUCGAAUGAUUAUUGAUAAAUAAAGUGAUGUAACUUAUCACCCCAGAUA